UAUGAGUCAGAUCCUUGCUGAUUUAUGCUAUAAUCAUCGAAAUCGAACUCAGCUUUUAGGAUUUGCGACCCAUUUUUUUCUCGGCAUGCUGACACGUUAGGAAUAGGAUAGCAGGGGUUGCAAAAAUGUUUUAUUUGGAUUCUUAGUUCUUACGAGGAAAGACAAAGCGUUGCCGUGUUUCCUUUUUCAGCCUACUCUAAACCGGUUGGUUCCCGGAAAAUCUCCAAUGGAAGAGGCACUCUAGCGGUCUUGCUUCCGGCCGGUUCUUCCCUCUCUUCUCCGACUGAUAUUAGGUAUCUGGAAACCUGACGCUUGAAAUUUUAAGCUUAAUUAUCAGAGAUAGAUGGGGUCUGAGUGUCCUCCAGCAACUGUAACUGUUCAUGUUACAGGCUUCAAGAAAUUCCAUGGGGUUUCAGAGAAUCCGACUGAGUCAAUUGUCAAUAACUUGACGGAGUAUAUGAAGAAGAAGGGCUUACCUAAAGGUUUAGUCAUUGGGAGCUGUAGCAUUCUGGAGACUGCUGGUCAAGGAGCCCUUGUUACCCUAUACCAGACUUUGCAAUCUUCCAUUAGCCCCAAGGACUCUGAAUCUUCCAAUUCCCGUAAAAUUAUAUGGCUGCAUUUUGGGGUUAACAGUGGAGCAACAAGGUUUGCUAUAGAGCACCAAGCUGUCAAUGAGGCUACUUUCCGUUGCCCGGAUGAAAUGGGAUGGAAGCCCCAGAAAGUCCCAAUUGUUCCUUCGGAUGGCGGAAUCAUGCGAACGCGGGAGACAUCUCUUCCUGUAGAGGAAAUCACGAAGGAAUUGACAAAGAAGGGUUAUGAUGUGAUGACAUCUGAUGAUGCUGGCAGGUUCGUAUGCAAUUACGUGUACUAUCACUCUCUUCGUUUUGCAGAGCAAAGCGGGAUAAAAUCCCUGUUUGUGCAUGUGCCUCUGUUCUUGACAAUAGAUGAGGACACCCAAAUGCAGUUCGUUGCUUCCUUGUUAGAGGCACUUGCUUCUGUAAGUUAGUCUCGUCGCUGGAAGGCUUAUGAAUGUUCAGGAAUGUAACUUGACUGAAAUGCCACAAUAAUGUAAAAAAGGAAUUGUUGUAUUUGAAUGGAAAUGUUAAUGAAAUGUGCAUAUGUGGCACUCAGGCAUUUGCCUUGGCGUCAGCAAACUGUCCAAGACAAAGUUGACAUCUUCCUUGUGUGACAAUGUGUUGAUGCUCAUUUUCUAUAAACCUGCUCCGAUUCAGAUUUCUGAA